ACAGCUAGCCGGAAGCGGCCCGAGCGCUGCGCUGGCGCCUGCGCUGUGGGCACCCCGGCCAGGAAAGACCGCGAGCUGUCCCUGUCCAGCGGAGGUCCUAAAGGCGGAGCUGUGCUCCUCGGCUGCGCCCAUGGCGGCAGGAUCGGCCAGCGCGGGGCAAGGCUUCGGCCCCAGCCCUCCCCGCGGCUUCUACUUCAACACAGUCUUGUCUCUGGCCCGCUCGCUGGCCGUGCAGAGACCCGCGGCCCUGGACAAGGUCCAGAAACUACUCUGCAUGUGUCCUGUUGAUUUUCAUGGGAUUUUCCAAUUAGACGAACGUCGGAGAGAUGCGGUUAUCGCUUUGGGUAUUUUUCUUAUCGAAUCAAAUCUGCAGCACAAGGAUCACAUCAUCCCUUACCUUCUUCGCUUGCUGAAGGGUCUCCCCAAAGUGAAUUGGAUUGAGGAAAGUGCCGCGAGGAAAAGACGAGGCAUUCUUCCUGUCGCAGAGAACUUCAGCUUCUGCCUGGUGACUCUCUUGUCAGAUGUGGCCUAUAGGGAUUGUGCCCUGAAGACUGAGAUUUUGGAGACAAUUUUGCAGGUUUUGAAUGUCCUUUUGGGGAUGUGCCAGGCUUCAGAGAAACAGGAAAAGGAGUCCUUGUGCAAGUACACUGUACCCUGCCUGCUUGGCAUCGCUCGGGCCUUUGGGCGCUACAGCCUCACUGAGGAGCCCCUCCUUUCGAAGCUCUUCCCUCAGAUCCCUCCACACUCUCUGAAGGUCCCAGAGGAACUGGAGGGCAUUCGAAGGCGCUCCUUCAAUGACUUUCGCUCCAUCCUGCCCAGCAAUUUAUUGACUGUUUGUCAAGAAGGCUCCUUGAAGAGAAAAACCAGUAGUGUUUCCAGCAUCUCCCAGGUGAGCCCUGAGCGAGGUCCUCAGCCCCCCAGCUCUCCAGCAGGAUCCAUCUUCCAUCCCUUGGAUGGUUCUUUGCUUUCUGAGGGCCAUUGCUUGGAGCCGCACUACUACUUCCACAUGGUUGCCUCCAGCUUCUUUGUGGCACCACUCAUUCCUGGCAUCACCUGUGCCGAGUACAACAUUCCACUGGAAAUGCUCCGUGACCUCCUCAACUUGGUGAAGAAGAUUGUAGAGGAGCCUUUUCUCAAAUCCUUGGAUGCGAUUGUGGCUAAUGUCACAGAGGCCAACCCCAACAUCGAUGUGUACUAUUCCACCUUUAGCGAUACCCUCUACGUCACCGUCUUCAAGAUGCUCAGAGACACCCUGUACCACAUAAAAGACCUCUCGAUGGCCUUCGUGAAGGAAAUGCAUGACUUUGUGCUAGAACAAUUCAACAGGAGCCAGUCCGAGCUACAGAAGAUUCUCCAUGAUGUUGACCGCUUCUCCAACGAGCUGAGCCCCUUGAAGCUUCGCUGCCAGGCCAAUGCAGCCUGUGUGGACCUCAUGGUGUGGGCCAUCAAGGAUGAGCAAGGAGCAGAAAACCUCUGCCUCAAGCUGUCCGAAAAGCUGCAGUCCAAGACGUCCAGCAAAGUUAUCAUCGCCCACCUACCCCUGAUCAUCUGCUGUUUGCAGGGCUUAGGGCGCCUGUGUGAACGGUUCCCGGUGGUGGUUCACUCGGUGAUGCCAUCUUUGCGGGACUUCCUUGUCAUCCCGUCCCCAGUGCUGAUCAAGCUCUACAAAUACCACAACCAGUACCACGCAGUGAGUGGCAAUGACAUCAAGAUCAGCGUCACCAACGAGCAUUCUGAGCACACGCUGAACAUGGUGGCGGGGAAGAAGUCCCAGCCGUCCAUGUACGAGCAGCUGCGGGACAUCGCCAUCGACAACGUCUGCAGGUGUCUGAAAGCUGGGCUGACAGUCGAUCCUGUGAUUGUGGAGGCCUUCCUGGCCAGCCUCUCCAACAGGCUCUAUAUUUCUCAGGAGAGCGACAAGGAUGCUCACCUGAUUCCUGACCACACGAUCCGGGCCCUGGGACACAUCGCCGUGGCUCUGAGGGACACCCCCAAAGUCAUGGAGCCCAUCCUGCAGAUCCUGCAGCAGAAGUUCUGCCAGCCUCCAUCUCCCCUCGAUGUGCUCAUCAUUGACCAGCUGGGCUGCCUGGUGAUCACUGGCAAUCAAUACAUUUACCAAGAAGUCUGGAACCUUUUCCAGCAGAUCAGCGUCAAGGCCAGCUCUGUGGUGUAUUCAGCCACCAAAGACCCCAAGGAUCAUGGCUACAGGCACUGCUCCUUGGCUGUGAUCAACGCCCUGGCCAACAUCGCCGCCAACAUCCAAAAUGAGCACCUGGUGGAUGAGCUGCUCAUGAACCUGCUUGAGCUUUUUGUGCAGCUGGGACUAGAAGGGAAGCGAGCCAGUGAGCGGGCCAGUGAGAAAGGACCAGCCUUGAAGGCCUCCAGCAGUGCUGGGAACCUUGGAGUGCUCAUCCCUGUCAUCGCUGUGCUCACCAGACGUCUGCCGCCCAUCAAGGAAGCCAAGCCGAGGCUUCAGAAGCUCUUCCGCGACUUCUGGCUCUACUCUGUGCUCAUGGGAUUUGCUGUGGAAGGCUCAGGACUCUGGCCGGAGGAGUGGUACGAGGGGGUCUGUGAGAUAGCCACCAAGUCGCCCCUGCUCACGUUCCCCAGCAAAGAGCCGCUGCGGUCUGUCCUCCAGUACAACUCGGCCAUGAAGAACGACACCGUCACGCCGGCCGAGCUGAACGAGCUUCGCAGCACAAUCAGCAAUCUGCUGGACCCGGCCCCCGAAGUGUCCGCGCUCAUCAACAAGCUGGACUUCGCCAUGUCCACCUACCUGCUCUCCGUCUACCGCCUGGAGUACAUGAGGGUCCUGCGCUCCACAGAACCAGACCGCUUUCAAGUGAUGUUCUACUACUUUGAGGACAAGGCCAUUCAGAAAGACAAAUCUGGCAUGAUGCAGUGCGUGAUCUCCGUGGCGGACAAAGUCUUUGACGCUUUCCUCAACAUGAUGGCCGAGAAGGCCAAGACCAAGGAAAACGAGGCAGAGCUCGAGCGCCACGCCCAGUUCCUGCUGGUCAACUUCAACCACAUUCACAAGAGGAUCCGCCGGGUGGCCGACAAGUACCUGUCUGGACUGGUGGAUAAGUUUCCCCACUUGCUGUGGAGUGGCACUGUCCUGAAGACCAUGCUGGACAUCCUGCAGACUCUGUCUCUGUCUCUGGGCGCUGACAUCCACAAGGACCAGCCUUACUAUGAGAUCCCAGACACCCCAUAUCGGAUCACGGUUCCGGACACCAGCGAAGCCCGGGAGAACAUCGUGAAGGACUUUGCCGCCCGCUGCGGGAUGAUCCUCCAGGAGGCCAUGAAGUGGGCCCCGUCAGUCACCAAGUCCCACCUGCAGGAAUAUCUGAAUAAGCACCAGAAUUGGAUGUCAGGUCUGUCCCAGCACACGGGCCUGGCCAUGGCCACGGAGAGCAUCCUUCACUUUGCUGGCUAUAAUCGGUGGAACACCACCCUGGGGCUGACUCAGCUCACAGAGCGGCCUGCGUGUGUGACGAAAGACUAUUCCAACUUCAUGGCUUCCCUGAAUCUGCGCAAUCGCUAUGCGGGCGAGGUCUACGGCAUGAUCCAGUUCUCCGACAGCACGGGCCACACGUCCGACCUCAAAAAGCUCAUGAUCCAGCAGCUCACCUCGGCCCUGGACUCGCAGGAGCCCAAGGCCUACUCGCAGGCCAUGUUCAAGCUGACGGCCAUGCUCAUCAGCCUGCCAGAGUGCGACCCCCAGCUGCUGCACCACCUGUGCUGGGGCCCCCUGCGCAUGUUCAACGAGCAGGGCAUCGAGACGGCCAUCGCCUGCUGGGAGUGGCUGCUCGCCAGCAAGAACGGCGUCGAGGUGCCGUUCAUGCGGGAGAUGGCCGGUGCCUGGCAGAUGACGGUGGAGCAGAAGUUCGGGCUCUUCUCUGCGGAGACGAAGGAGGCGGACCCCAUGGCAGCCUCGGAAGCGAGCCAGCCGAAGCCCUGCCCCCCCGAGGUGACCCCCCACUACAUCUGGAUCGACUUCCUGGUGCAGAGGUUUGAGAUUGCCAAAUACUGCAGCUCGGACCAAGUGGAGAUCUUCUCCAGCCUCCUGCAGCGCUCCAUGUCGCUGAACAUCGGGGGCACCAAGGGCAGCAUGAACCGGCACGUGGCGGCCAUCGGCCCCCGCUUCAAGCUGCUGACGCUGGGACUGUCCCUGCUGCACGCCGACGUGGUCCCCAACGCCACCAUCCGCAACGUCCUUCGCGAGAAGGUCUAUUCGACGGCCUUCGACUACUUCAGCUGUCCCCCAAAGUUCCCCACCCAAGGAGGAAAGCAGCUACGGGAGGACAUCAGCAUCAUGAUCAAGUUCUGGACUGCCAUGUUCUCCGAUAAGAAGUACCUCACGGCCAGCCAGCUCGUCCCCCCAGAUAACCAAGACACUCGGAGCAACCUGGACAUAACCGUUGGCUCUCGACAGCAGGCCACCCAGGGCUGGAUCAAUACUUACCCACUGUCCAGCGGCAUGUCGACCAUCUCCAAGAAAUCAGGAAUGUCCAAAAAAACCAACCGAGGCUCCCAGCUCCACAAGUACUACAUGAAGCGGAGAACGCUGCUGCUGUCCCUUCUGGCCACUGAGCUCGAGCGUCUGAUCACGUGGUACAACCCCCUGUCGGCCCCCGAGUUGGAGCUGGACCAGACUGGGGAGAGCAGCGUGGCCAACUGGAAGUCCAAAUACAUCAGCAUGAGCGAAAAGCAAUGGAAGGACAACGUGAAUCUGGCCUGGAGCAUCUCCCCGUACCUGGCUGUGCAGCUGCCUGCCAGAUUUAAGAACACGGAAGCCAUCGGGACCGAGGUGACCCGGCUGGUGCGGCUGGACCCAGGGGCUGUCAGCACCAUACCGGAAGCCAUCAAGUACCUGGUGACGUGGCACACGAUCGAUGCCGACGCUCCCGAGCUUAGCCACGUGCUGUGCUGGGCCCCGACGGACCCCCCCACCGGCCUGUCCUACUUCUCCAGCAUGUACCCGCCCCACCCCCUCACGGCCCAGUACGGAGUCAAGGUCUUGCGGUCCUUCCCUCCGGACGCCAUUUUGUUCUACAUUCCCCAGAUUGUGCAGGCACUGAGAUACGACAAGAUGGGCUACGUCAGGGAAUACAUCCUGUGGGCCGCGGCCAAGUCCCAGCUCCUGGCUCACCAGUUUAUCUGGAACAUGAAGACCAACAUCUUCCUGGACGAAGAGGGGCACCAGAAGGACCCGGACAUUGGGGAGCUCCUGGAGGAGCUCAUGGAGGAGAUCACAAGCAAGCUGUCCGGGCCCGCCAAGGACUUCUAUCAGAGGGAGUUUGAUUUCUUUAACAAGAUCACCAACGUGUCGGCCAUCAUCAAGCCUUUUCCCAAAGGUGACGAGCGGAAGAAAGCGUGUCUGAGAGCCCUGGCCGAGGUGAAGGUGCAGCCUUGUUGUUACCUCCCGAGUAACCCUGAGGCCAUCGUGCUGGACAUUGACUACAAGUCAGGAACCCCUAUGCAAAGCGCCGCGAAGGCCCCGUACCUGGCCAGGUUUAAGGUGAAGCAUUGUGGCGUCCGCAGGCUCGAGAAGGAAGGGAUGCAGUGUCACAUGCGCUACAACAGCUCCAACGCAGAGGAAGGAGAAAAGGAAGAAGCAGAAAGGGGGGCAGAGGAGGACGAGGAUGAGGGAGACGGAGAAGAGGGAGAAGCAGGCGAGAACAUUUCUUGGCGGUCCGCCAUCUUUAAAGUGGGCGAUGACUGUAGACAGGACAUGCUGGCUCUCCAGAUCAUCGCCCUCUUCAAGAACAUCUUCCAGCUGGUGGGCCUGGAUCUCUUUGUGUUUCCCUACAGGGUGGUGGCCACUGCUCCGGGGUGCGGAGUGAUUGAGUGCAUCCCCGAGUGCACCUCUCGAGACCAGCUGGGCCGGCAGACCGACUUCGGCAUGUACGACUACUUCACCCGGCAGUACGGAGAUGAGUCCACUCUUGCCUUCCAGCAGGCCCGCUAUAACUUCAUCCGCAGCAUGGCGGCCUACAGCCUCCUCCUGUUCCUGCUGCAGAUCAAAGACCGCCACAAUGGGAACAUCAUGCUGGACAAGAAGGGGCACAUCAUCCACAUCGACUUCGGCUUCAUGUUCGAGAGCUCCCCCGGCGGCAAUCUGGGCUGGGAGCCGGACAUCAAGCUCACCGACGAGAUGGUGAUGAUCAUGGGCGGGAAGAUGGAGGCCACCCCUUUCAAGUGGUUCAUGGAGAUGUGUGUCCGCGGCUACCUGGCCGUCAGGCCCUACAUGGACGCCGUGGUCUCCUUGGUGACCCUGAUGCUGGACACUGGGCUGCCCUGCUUCCGAGGACAGACAAUCAAGCUGCUCAAGCACAGGUUCUGCCCCAACAUGACGGAGCGGGAGGCGGCCAACUUCAUCCUGAAGGUCAUUCAGAACUGCUUCCUCAGUAACAGGAGCCGGACGUACGACAUGAUCCAGUACUAUCAGAACGACAUCCCGUACUGAGGCCCCCGCGGGCUGGGGGCUUCUGGGGCACCCACACCGCAUCCAAGUCUUGUCAUGUGCAAUCGCAGCCCCGGCUCGGCUCUAGUCUGUGAUGCGCGGGCGGGGGUGGGCAGGGGGGUGCGUGCGUGUGUGUGCGUGUGUGUGCGUGUGUGUGUGUGUGUGUGUGAGCCAGCGAGCGUGAGAGUGACCCUUCCCCGAGCCUGAGCCGAGCCCUGCUCCAUCAGUGUCCCCUCGAGUGCCCGGCAGUCCGCUCUGGGCAUCGGGGGAUGCUGCGAGGUGGACCAAUAAUCAGCCGGGGCGCCGCUGCCCGGGCACAGGUGCCCUCGCCGUCCUGCGUACAGGAGAAGGCCGUCUCCUGUGUGUAAAGUAAAAAUCAGUAUGGAAGAUGUGUGGAAUCUACCAGAAAUAAUAAAAGAACCAAAAUGGA